AUGGAUUUCUACACCUGCAAAGGUGGCUAUUUCCCCGCGGAUGGCAAUGGUGUUACAUGGUGCUGUCCUAAAGCGGACAACCUUACGGCUCUCUGCUGCAAAAUCUUAGUGGCAGGAUACCCAGCUGAAUGCCACUACAAAAAAGUACAGCUGGCCACUACAUCCAAGACGGAGCUUGACGUGCUACCAACGCAGCCUCCGCUGCAAAAUCCUCCCUGCGAUUGCCAGAAUAAAAUAAAUGCCAUCGCGACCCCGAAACCAAGCGGUCGGCAAAACUUCCGCGCUAUGAACACCUCCGACGAGGAAAAGCAGUGGCCUGCUCUAAACAACGAAUCGGACAGUGACAGCUCUGCUGAGAAGUUGUCUGUGCUCACGACUACCUUGGAGGCAACGACCGAGGAAAUGACCACAACCGAACUGCCAACUGAAAUGCCUGACGACUUGGUCUUCGAGGCUUGCAGAGCAAAAGGACUGGCCACGUUCCACGUCGCCGACAACGACACUGUGUGCUGCGUUGGAAAAUUUACCUCGCAGUGCUGCCUGGAGGGCCGAACCGCCGCUUGCUCCACUGAUGAAUUUGGUAAAAUCGAAGCCAUCAAUGAAUUGAACACUGAUCUCCUGAAUUAUUCAGAUUUUGAACACAACUGUCAUGCCAGUGGAAAGAAGGUUGUUACGCUGACUUCCUGGUUGUUGAAAAAUUCGCGUGUGACUGGUGCAAGACGUUUCAUGUCGGUUACAUUGACACAAAAUGACGAGUGUGACGUGCGAGUGCUCAUGAGCGUUAAAGCUGUUGGCUUCCCAAUUGGCAACGACUACGCGAUUGAGGUCUGCAAUAAAACCAUUUGCGACCAUCAAAAUGACAACUCAAAACUUCUGCUCACCUUCCCCAUGAACACAAAGCACAGAAUGCUUCAGGUUCCCAGUCCGGUGUUUGCCCUGAAAGAGUUGCGCGGGCAAACUAUCUGCGUCUCCACUAUUGACGUCCAUGGCUUAGUAGAUAAUUUUGCGUGUGGUCGCUUGGCGUGAA